AGGCGGAAGCGGAGGGUUGGGGGGCCAUGAGGGGCGCCGGGAGCAGCGCUGCCAUCCGCGCCUGGGCCGGCCAGCUCCUGCUCCCGAUCCCGUCCCGGCCGUCCCCGGCUCCUCGCAGAGGUUUUGCUGCCACGUUCGUUAGGAAGUCAUAUGAUGUCAGAAGAAUUGAUAUCACUCCCCUGGAGCAGAGGAAGGUGACUUUUGAUACCCAUGCUUUAGUGCAGGAUCUGGAAGCCCAUGGCUUUGGGAAGGAGCAGGCACAGACCAUCGUGUCGGCGUUGAUAACCCUGUCCAAUGUCAGCUUAGACACCGUCUAUAAGGACAUGGUCACACAGGCCCAGCAGGAAAUAACUUUACAGCAGAUAAUGGCACAUUUGGACUCCAUUCGAAAAGAUAUGGUCAUCCUGGAGAAAAGUGAAUUUGCAAACUUGAGAGCAGAGAAUGAGAAAAUGAAAAUUGAAUUAGAUCAAGUUAAACAGCAGCUAAUGACUGAAACCGGUAAAAUCCGAGCUGACAGCAAGCUGGACAUAAACCUGGAGAGGAGCAGGGUGACAGAUAUGUUUACAGAUCAGGAGAGGAAACUGAUGGAAGCAACUACAGAGUUUCACAAAAAAGAUGCAAAUACCAACAGCAUUAUCUCAGAAAUCAGUAAUAAAAUUGACACUGAAAUAGCUUCCUUAAAAACACUCAUGGAAUCGAAUAAACUUGAUACCAUUCGCUAUUUGGCAGCUUCAGUGUUCACUUGCCUAGCAAUAGCACUGGGAUUUUACAGGUUCUGGAAAUAGAUCUACAUGGAAUGACUGCACUAAAUACAGACAGAAAAGGCCACCCAGGCAGCAUCACUUUGACAAUCACAUUUGUGCUGUAGAUAACCUUGGCACCUUCUUGUUUUGAUACUCUUCCUGUAUAAUAAAGUGUUUGAAUAUGCAACACUAAAGAUCAAAAUAAUUGGGGGGGAAGUAGCCAAAUAAUUUGUUUUCUUUCUGAAAAAUUCUCAUUCUCAGCUCCUUUCAAAAUGGAAAUCUUAAACAUUUUAUGUACCCUUCAAAUGGGAAUAUAGUUUCCAAAUUAGAGUUCCCAGUAUGGAGAUGCUAAUACCAGACUUCAACAUACCUAAUCUGAUCCAAGUAAAUUAAUCUUGAACGUAGGUUCAGGAUUUUCACUUCUGUUCCUCACUUUUUUGAUUAAUUGAAGCUUGUGGGUUUGGGGUUUUUUUUUGUGUGUGUUGUUUUGUUUGUUUGUUUUGGGGGGGGGGGGGGGGGGUGUUAAUUUAAUCUACCUAUGUAAAAACACACUCCAGGGCCUUUACUAAAGAACCUUUUUUUUUUUGCCUUGAAAACUGAUUUACAUGAAUUCAAAAUCUCAUGUACAAAAUGUCUCUAUAGAUUUAUUUUCUUUAGUAUCUCCUGCAGAGGUCAAAAGAAGGGGAGAACUUCACUGUCUGCCUUUCUGAGGAGAAAUGCUUCCACUCCCAGCAGCUGUGUACAGCCCUGGGGAAGAUAAGUGCUCUUAACUUCUCCCUUCAAGUAGUGCAGAGUAUUUCCAAGAAACCUGCACAUAUUUUCUGGGCAUAGUAUCUGGCUUUUAAUAUGGAAAUACUCAAGAGUCUCAGUGGUGCCAGGGUGGUGCUGAUGGUGGUGAUCCUCCUCCCCACUUCUCCAGACUUCUGUAAUCCUGUGGUACACACUGACCCUCCUGACCACUCUGCCUUCUGCAAGGAUUCAACAACCCUUGGUGCAGAGUUGCAACAGAGGUAGAUGUCUUCCAAAACUGAAGCACUUCCAUCUUGUUGAGUAUAAAUGCUUGGUUUGAUUCUUUUAGUAAAAUCUUAUUUUUUUUUAAAUCUUUCUGGAUUAACUUUGAAGUAAGAAUAGGCCUUUUAUGGGCUAAGGACUACGAAGUACUGACUUGUGGCUUUUUUAUUUUAAUUGCUGUUUUAUUCUGUUUACAGUUGAAUGUGCUGGUAUUAUGCAAAUUCUUAUAUUCUCUGCAUUAAAUUAUUUAUCAUCUUCAUUCAAGAAAAUAAAAUUAAUUUCUUACA